CUAACGGUCGAGUAGCAUCAAACGAUCAGAUUAACCUCGCUGGCUCGUCUUUGAGGAUUAAGACGCAGAUUACGACCAGCUCCUAGAAUGAUGAGGGCUACAUUGUUGUUGCUGGUAGCCUGUUGUCUUGUAGACAGAGGUAGCACUAAGGGAAACAUUCACUCAACCAAAGGAAAAUCUGGACCGUUGUGUGGCAACAAACGUCAUUGUCUGAGUGACGUCAGAUGCAGCCGAGACCGACAGCAUUGCGUCUGCCCCGCCCCCCUGUGGGGAAAUGGAAAACUAGGAUGCGUUAAAGAAGGGGAUGGCGUGAUCUACCUGGAGGCCGAUCCGAAGAUCAGGAACCUGAGAAACGAAACGUUUUCUCUGAUGACGCCAUGCAGGUACCGCAUCCUUCACUACAAGACACCAGACAACAAGAUGCUGGAGGUAUACGCCGACAACGCCCUCUACAAGGGCGGGAAAUAUUACGUCAACAAGGCGGAGGUUCGGUUCCACGUGGAGUCAGACACGCAUAACAACUUGGCACUUUUGAUUGAGGGCAAGGCUGAGAAGGGAGUUUACAAAUUCAGGGUAAAGAGAAAACAGGAUGAAGACUCCCAUUGGUCAUAUCCAGCCACCGAAACUUUCACUAUAGGGGACUUAACGAUCAUCGUCAGCUUCGACGAUAUAAAUAACUUCGUCCUCGUCAAUGCUGACAACGGUUUUGGUUUCCGGUUGAAGUUCCGACCAGCCGAGGGUGACCGAGAAUUUCAGUCACAGAUUCCGGGCAUGGUUCUCCAUAUAGACUCGUCUAUGAUGGACCAGAUUGACAUAAAAGACGGUGAACUGUCUGCAGAGCCGUCUGGCGAAAGCGUUAGAGCGGAGGCCUCGCAGAGAAAGUUGGACAUGCAAGACUGGGUUCUGUUCCUGACCAUGACGAACGUCGAAAAGAUAGACUCUGACUCUGAAGUCUGUGACUCCGUGUACAACGAUUUUAAAAAUGUGUGUAAAGACGAAAAAGAGCAGAUAAAGGCGAUUCGCCAGUGCAGCUCCAUCUACAACGAUCAAAAAUUCCUAAAAUGCGUAGUGGAGAAUAAAAUGACCGACGACUUCCUGGCAGAGCUGUACCUACAUUGCCAGAGGGGCGUGUGCGGCUUUGACCUACACGAAUGUCAGCUGACUAAGCAGAAGAUCCUAGAGAAAACCAACUGCAAUCUGCCCAGACGACUUCACGAACUUGACUGCUCUCAGCUUAAAGGACCUAUCCCGGCAGAGAGCCCUUAACACAAAAAAAAAAGAACUCCGCGUCGCAGCCUACCUUAGAAAUCACCCUAUUCCAGUUCAAUCACAAUAAUUCUUUCUAAGAGGAAGAUUACUUUUUGAAAUAAACUUAACAAAAUUUGGUUUUAGGAAAAAGCUAUGGUGAAUUAUAUUUUCCGAGAAAUUAAGUUAUCGAAAAACCUGGAGUUGGUAAGAGAAAUAAUUUUGGAAAUGAUACAAAUUUUCAUCAAUAAAAAAUACACGAAAAACAUGAACACAUGUACUGUCAAAAUAAUCUAAUACAGUAUGAGUUGAAUAACU